AUGGAGGAGCAAGGCGGCCAGGCGGCGUUCGGAUGGGCGGCCAGGGACGACACCGGCGUCCUCUCCCCCUACAGCUUCUCCAGAAGGGUUCCCAAAGACGACGAUGUCACGAUCAAGGUGCUCUACUGCGGGAUCUGCCACACCGACCUCCACAUCAUCAAGAACGACUGGGGAAACGCCAUGUACCCUGUCGUCCCCGGGCACGAGAUCGUGGGCGUGGUGACCGGCGUCGGCGGCGGCGUCACGCGGUUCAAGGCCGGCGACACGGUCGGCGUGGGCUACUUCGUCGGCUCCUGCCGCUCCUGCGACAGCUGCGGGAAGGGGAACGAGAACUACUGCGCGGGGGUCGUGCCCACCUCCAACGGCGUCGACCACGCGCACGGCGGCGUGCCCACCAAGGGGGGGUUCUCCGACGUCAUCGUCGUGAACGAGCACUACGUGGUCCGCGUCCCGGACGGUCUGGCGCUGGACCGGACCGCGCCGCUGCUCUGCGCCGGAGUCACCGUGUACAGCCCCAUGAUGCGCCACGGCCUCAACGAGGCCGGCAAGCACCUCGGCGUCGUGGGGCUCGGCGGCCUCGGCCACGUCGCCGUUAAGUUCGGCAAGGCGUUCGGGAUGAAGGUCACCGUCAUCAGCACGUCCGCGAGCAAGCGUCAGGAGGCCAUCGAGCACCUCGGCGCCGACGAGUUCUUGAUCAGCCGGGACCCGGAGCAGAUGAAGGCGGCGACGGGCACCAUGGACGGCAUCAUCGACACGGUGUCGGCGUGGCACCCGAUCACGCCGCUGCUUGCGCUGCUGAAGCCGUUGGGGCAGAUGGUGAUCGUGGGCGGGCCGAGCAAGCCGCUGGAGCUGCCGGCGUACGCCUUCGUGCCCGGCGGGAAGGGCGUGGCUGGGAACAGUGUCGGCAGCGUCGGGGACUGCCAGGCCAUGCUGGAGUUCGCGGGGAAGCACGGCAUCGGCGCCGAGGUGGAGGUGAUCAAGAUGGACUACGUCAACACGGCGAUCGAGCGGCUCGAGAAGAACGACGUCCGCUACCGCUUCGUCAUCGACGUCGCCGGCAGCCUCGGCUCUGCCGCCUAG